GUGCGCGCGCGCGGCGUCGAGUUGAGUUCAGUCGAUCGCUAGACGCGUGUGCGCGAGCAACUUUUCUGUGCGUUCCUUUCGUUGUUAUUUGUGCGCGCGCAACGGCGGCCAGGGCUACACCUCUGCUUUUACACGCUUCGUUUCUACUGUAAACAUCAACGACAAUGGCCACACCGGUCAAGAAAGUUCCGAUUCACCUGCAGAGCGCGCAAAACCGGCUGCUGAUCAAGAACGGCAAGGUGGUGAACGAGGAUGGCCUGUUCGACGCGGACGUGUACGUGGAGGACGGCAUCAUCAAGCAGCUCGGGCGCAACCUCAUCAUACCGGGCGGCACGAGGACGAUCGACGCGAGGGGCAAGUACGUGAUGCCCGGUGGCAUCGAUCCCCACACUCACUUCGAGCUGGAGCUGAUGGGCGCCACCACCGUGGACGACUUUUACCAAGGCACCAAAGCCGCCGUCGCCGGUGGCACCACCAUGGUCAUCGACUUCUGCAUACCAAAGCCCGACGAGGGCUUGCUGGAGGCUUACGAGAGGUAUCGCGUCACGGCCGACGAGAAAGUCUGCUGCGACUAUGCUCUGCACGUCGCCGUCACCAAGUGGACCAAGCAGACGAGGGAGGAAAUGGCGACGCUGGUGCAGCAACACGGCAUCAACAGCUUCAAGUUUUUCAUGGCGUACCGCGACUUGUUCAUGCUGAGGGAUCCAGAUCUGAUCGAGGCGUUCAAGAUUUGCAAGAGCUUGGGCGCCGUGGCGAUGGUGCACGCCGAAAACGGUGACAUCAUUUACGAGAACACGAAGAAGCUGUUGGCGGCCGGCGUGACGGGCCCCGAGGGCCACGAGAUGUCACGGCCCGAGGAGGUCGAAGCGGAAGCGACUAACCGUGCCUGCGUCAUUGCGAAUCAGUUGAAUUGCCCGCUGUACGUGACGGCGGUGACGAGUAAGUCCGCGGCCGACGUGAUAGCAGCUCGUCGCGCUGACGGCGCGGCUCUUUACGGCGAGCCGUUAGCUUCGUCGCUCGGCAUCGACGGCUCGGCCCAGUACGGCAAGGACGCCGUGAAAGCUCGCCGCCUCGUCACCUCGCCGCCGCUCAGGCCCGAUCCUACAACGCCCACCUACCUUUGCGAGCAGCUGGCUCAUGACGGGCUCCAAGUGACCGGCAGCGACAACUGUACCUUCAACGCCGAUCAAAAGGCUCUGGGCAAGGACGACUUCUCCAAGAUUCCCACCGGCGUGAACGGCGUGGAGGACCGCAUGAGCAUCGUCUGGGAGAAAGGCGUUCACGCUGGCCUCAUGGAUCCGACGCGUUUCGUCGCUGUCACGAGCACCAACGCCGCCAAAAUCUUCAAUGUCUAUCCGAAGAAGGGCGUGAUCGCCGUGGGCUCCGACGCCGACAUCGUCGUCUGGGAUCCAAGCCGAAAGCGCGUCAUCAGCGCGCAGACACAUCACCAGGCGGUCGACUUCAAUAUCUUCGAGGGCAUGGAGGUCCACGGGGUCGCGGAGUACGUCGUCGUGGGCGGUCGCGUCUGCGUGGAGGAGUGCGAGGUGAAGGUGGUCCACGGCUUCGGCAAAUUCGUGGAGAGAUCAGCGUAUCCGCCCUACGUGUACGAAGCGAUCGAGGAGCACGAGAAGCCGCUCCGCGGAGUUCCGCGCUCCGAGGCGGACGCACGCCGGUACGCCGAAGAGGACGCCGUCUUCGCCAAGAAAGUCGAGGCGGUGCGCGCCGCGAGGGCUGCCCUCGACGGCGCGGCCAAAAACAACGGCCAGUCCAAUGGUAACCACUAUGACAACGAGUUCGUCGGGCCCAAGGUUCUGCCCUGCGCGCCAACUCUGCCAAACUCGGCUAUCUCUACGCACUCGGUUAAGGGACCCCGGAUGGAAGGCCAGAGGAACCUUCAAGACUCAACUUUCUCUAUCAGUGAUAACAAUUUCAUCCCACCGAACGCCGUCAUCGCUACUCCGUCACACAAGGGAUUUAGGAUGGAGGGAGAAAGGGAUCUACAAGAGUCAACCUUUUCUCUUGGAGAUGAUAACUUAGCACCACCUCGCUCGGCCAUUACUGCUCCAUCACACCAAGGAUAUAAGGUAGAAGAAGGGACUAACUUCAUGGACUCAAGUUUUUCUGCCGGUGACGAUACUAAAGAAGCUCCACGAUCCAGUAUCCGCGUAAAUAACCCACCAGGAGGACGCAGCGCUGGUGGUUUCUGGUAAAACAGUAUCAUCUACGUACCUGUGAACGAGAAUCAAAAGUUAAGAGAAAUCAUGCAGCGACAAAAAAAUUUCAGAUCAAAGCGAUCGAGUUGACUAGCUCUAUAUUUUAUUCUUGAUUGGAUUAAAGAUCGAUUUAUUGAUUGGUUGUCUAUCAUUUAAAAAUGUUUUUACCAUCGUAUUAUAGAGUGAGAGAAAAUUCAACAACACUGUUUUUUCUUUAGGUACUACUAUGAAUUUCACUUUUAUCAUCUUAUAUGUAAUGUUUUUCCUUAAAAUUGUUAUCGUAUGUAAAUGUUCGUAUCCACAUUGAUUUAUUUUAUUUUUAUUACUUCCUCGGCGAAUUGAUUCAACGUGUUGCUACUGUAUAUUUGAUUCAUUUCUUUCUCUUUACUGAAAUGAGAAAACAUGUUACUGCACUGUAACACUAUGGCACUACCACUCAUAUUCACUAAGAAUACUGAAAACCUUGUACGUAGGUCUAUUCGCAUCUUCCGCUUUCGUGAUUAGACUACUGACCAAAAUAACCAUAAUUAAUAUUAAAAACACUCGUCGGAGAUUAUAUCAUUAUGCAGUUGAUACUAUCAUAUACUUAAUAACUGGUAUGUAAUGGAUCAUUAUUGUUAAAAUACGGUUGCACACAUUAUGUAAUAAUUGUUACAUAAAAGUAAUGAAUGUUACCAGUAACAAACAGAAAAAGGAUUUAAAAGACAACAAUACUUUGUAAUUUUUAUUUUAUUUAGUUUUGUGAAUGUAAUUUAUAAAACAUACUAAAAGUGCAAAGUGAAUAAUGCUAUGUCUAAUAAAUAUUCGCGAUGAAAGCGUAUUAUGAUCAUGUGCAAACCAAAAAUAAACAGACACGCAAUUUUUCUAUAUCUAUCUUAUAUAUGUGCCGACACCGAUAACUCGGACUGUGGAUCAAUAUCUAAAAAAUGAAGUUUUUUACUGAAAAAUGAAAUUUUGUAUACCUUUUAAUGCGUCUGCCUAUAAUUUAUGGACAAUGUUUUUUUUGAACGCCAAUACGCGCCUUCCUUGUAAUAAUAACAGUAUAUUAUGACAAGGUUUUUUAAUUAUUCGAAAUUUUGACCAAAAACAAAUUCAAUAAAAUAUUAACGAUAUUUGCCUGUUAAAACUUGAUUGGAAUCUCUAAGAUUCGACUUUUAUCUCUAUGAGACUUUUUUGAAUAUUGAACGGAUUGUGCUUUACAAAAGGCAUAAUAACAGUUUGAUUAUGUCUGCUAUUAGAGUGAAUGUCUGUUACGAUGUAUCUAAAUUCUUAUAAUAAAUAUUAGAUAUAAUGA